AUGAAGUUGAAAUAAAGACAUUCUCGGAGGAAGGGAAACUAAGGGAAUUUGUUGUCAGCAGGCUUGCUCUGAAAGAAAUGCGAAAUGAAGUUCUUCUGGCAGAAGGGAAAUGAUACCAGAGGGAAGCGUGGAACAGAAGGAGUGCAGGGAGAGCAAGAGAAAUGGCGACGUCUGAUGGGUGUGUCAAGCAGGAGGUGAUAUUUGAAGGGCUGCGGGCACGGGCUGUGGACGGAGCCAGGGCACCAGGCAGAGGGUGAGAGCAUGGCCUCCCGGGACCCGCCCGCCACCAGCUACGCCCCGCCUGACGUGCCCCUGGGGGUCUCGCUGUUCCUCACCAUUCCCUACACCUUCUUCCUGCCGGAGCUGAUAUUUGGGUGCUGGGUCUGGAUCCUGGUAGCCGCCACCCAGGUAGCAAGCCCCCUCCUGCAAGGAUGGGUGAUGUACGUCUCGCUCACCUCCUUUCUCAUCUCCCUAAUGUUCCUGUUGUCUUACGUGUUUGGAUUUUACAAAAGAUACGAGUCCUGGAAAAUCCUGGACAGCCUGUACCACGGGACCACUGGCAUCCUGUACAUGAGUGCCGCCGUCCUGCAGGCACACGCCACCAUCGUCUCUGAGUUCUCGGACUUGAAAAACUACUACAUAAACACCGCAGCCUCGUUCUUUGCCUUCAUCACCACCCUGCUCUACAUCCUCCACGCCUUCAGCAUCUAUUACCACUGAAGAAGCAGGGAGCCGAGCCCACGUGGGAAAUGCUCUUUGAAAACCCCGAGUGCCGGCUCCCAAAAGUGGUUUUCAACAUUCGCCAUCUGGACGAUAAACAGCAGCUCAGCAAUGACCUAAUGGAUCAACAGACCGUCUUUUCAGACUGAGUGAUGAAAUCACAUUCUGGCAGCUCUGCUGGGACAUUUUAAUUCAUUAUGAUGAAUAUGAAAAAGCAAGGGGUGAGGGGGCUUUGUGGUUGUUUUGUUGUGCCUGGGAAAGUGUCUCUUGGAAUUAUCUGACAACGAACCUCGCUCUUCUAGAAAAACAACAGCCAAAGGCCUCACCGGUGAGAACAGCCUCCCGCCUGUUUGGGGAUUUGGCCUCAGCAACGAGGUUCCCCACAGCAGGUUUAUGGGAACAUUCAGUCUUAUUUUCUUAAAAUCGAAAUGGUGCUGUCAGCGCUUUUGGAUCUGAAGACACAUGGACCUUGUUUCAGUCCCCUGGUCCUGCCUCUGCUUCGCAGCUGUGGUCCAACGCACUGCCCCGUCCUGCAGUCCCCGACCCCCAAUCACUUCCUCUCCCCUUUCCUCCUCAGCUUUGGGAGCCAAGGGAAAUCUUCCUAAAAUCAGCUUUGAAGGUAGAUUUGUGGGGAAAAUAAGUGAUUGACUCUGCAAAAUUGUUAUACAGUAAGGCCUGGGGGAAGGGAGGAGGGUCGGGGAGGGAAGAGUGGGACACUCUUCUCCGAAGCCAGGUGGCCUAGAGAACAGCCAGGCUGCAGGAUGCCUCGGUCAGGCCUCCAAGACCCCACCCCAUAAGGACUGGAAGCCACCUUACCCCUCAGAACAGACCAUCAAGGACACGGGCAGGACGCCACGUGCAAGAAUUCUCCUCUGGGCUCCUCUCACACGCGGGACAUCCAGGAGGGUGGAAAGGACCCCGUCCCACGGUCUAGCAUCCCCCCAAGUGGUCCAGCUGGGUGGGGCCUGGGACCACGGGCACACAGGGGCCUGGGAGCGCAAAGGUGUCUGCACUUUGGGCCAUUCUCCACUGUGCUGGGGUUCCAGCACUUUCCCUCAGGCUCCGACGUGAGUCAGAGGGUCUCCUGACGUGAGCCCGGGCUCAGCCUCGUGACUGCGAGGGCCUGUCGCCGCUGGGAAGUGGAAUUAGUUGCUUCAUGGAAGGAACUUGUCUUCGCCGAUUCUGAGACUUACAGUUUCGUGUCAACGCUUUCCUGCUCCUGGGGCGGCGCGGGGCGGGAGGGCGGUCACUGAAGAGAAAGCCUGCCUUCACCCUCUUGACCCCUCACUUUCUAAUCACCCCGAAAGCUUGAAAAGCCACCAUUUAUCUCCCACCUUAUUGCCGGCAGCUCUCUGAGAUGGUCACUGUUAAAUAUUUACUGAGUAGAUACAUUCAAAUAAAAGUCAUUUGUACAGUAAAAA